AUGGCGACCACUUCGCAGUACAUUCAAUUGGCAAAGGCACUGCCGCCACGCCUUCAGCGGUUUUUCGCGAGAUACCCCCCGGCUUCCAUCAUCAACCCAGCUGCCUCUGGAGAGCUACCUCAGACCGCCUACCAAAUAGAAGCACCGAAUCCUUUCCUCGCGACGAAGCACCCUGUUACUGGAAAAUGGCACGAUCCCAAAUUCUCGCUGAGGAGGCAGGCAGAGCUGGUGAAGCUGGCUAGGGAACACGGCGUUGAGGAGCUGCUCCCAUACACACCCAAGAAGACCGAGGAGCGGAUACGGCACCGUGUCGAACACGGUCUGAGAGUUAAGGGAACUGGUAUUGGCCAACAGGUCAAGGGCCACGCCCACGAGAGACACUUGGUUGGGAAGAUGGAGAAGAGGAGACAGGCCAUGCUCAACAUGCCCAAACUUAUUAGGGAAUGGAAAGCAAAAAAAAUUGUAAAAAAAAUGGCCGAGCCAACCCACUACGAGGUGCUAGGCAUCCCGCGGUCCUACCUGGAGGAUGACCGGGACCUCGCCCCCAUCAUCAAGACGGCUUACCACCGGAGCCUGCUCCGGAAUCACCCCGACAAGGCCUUCAACGUGCAGCCGGGCGAGCCGCGCGUCAUCGGCACAGCGCAGAACAGCACAAACUUCACCAUCGACCAGAUCAGCGAGGCGUACGCCGUGCUGUCGGACGUCAAGCGGCGCGCCGACUAUGACAAGGCGCUCAAGACGGCGCGCAACGGCCAGGACCAGCCUGGUAGCGCCGGUAGCGGCAGCGGCUUCCAGACGGGCAUCGAGAACGUCGACCUCGACGAUCUGCAGCUCGACGAGGCGCAGAACCGUUGGUAUCGCAGCUGUCGGUGCGGCAAUGAGCGCGGCUUCUCGCUUGGCGAGAGCGACCUGGAGGAGGCUGGCGACUUCGGCGAGCUUAUCGUCGGGUGCCAAGACUGUAGCCUCUGGCUUCGGGUACACUUUGCCGUUGUGGUCGACGAACACUCUGCUGCAGCACAGGUACCAGGCUGA